AUGUCCUCAAAGAGAUUUACUAUACCCCCUGCUGUAGAGCUUGGUCUCCUGGAGAGGCUCACAGCAAAUGGUUUCCAUACUCAAGUGUAUGCCGACGAUAUAGUGGUGAUUAAGUGGUGCGAGGAAGAAGAACUAACUGCCAAUCCAUCAAAGACAACAUUUAACCUCAGAGCACCGGUUAUGAAUGGUCAGACUCUGAUCUUUUCAAGUGAGUGUAAUUGUCUGAGUGUUACUCUGGAUUGUAAGCUCAACUGGAGGAAAAAUAUAGACAAGGCUCUUUCUAGAGCCACUGCAGCCAUGUGGGCCUGCAAACGACUCUUUGGAAAUAGAUGGAGCAUGAAACUGGAUAUGAUUCUAUGGGACAAAAUAAGCGGAGCAACUCUGUGUUUUAUUUUGAAUGAGGUUAUACCGCUGAACGAAUCAUUUCAAAAAACUUAUUGGAAUUCUUUGUUAAACUGUAUUUUCAUUCGAAAAAUAAUGUCUGAUUUUUCUGAGCUUCUGCAAGAUGCAGAAAAAUUGACCACAAAUCUAGAAGGAACUAGUGAAUUGCCUAAAGUGGAAAGAUCCUUACGACAAGUUUUAGAAGCAUCUAACGAACUUUACAGUAGAGUAGCACAAACUGGAGCCAAGGAUAUUCAAGCAAAUUUAUUAUUAGGGUCGAAAGGUAUAGACCUACCAAAAAUUGUACAGAAAUUGGAAUCUAUUAGCACUAAAAGAACAUUCGAGCCCAUUGAACCAGUUGAAGAUUUGGAUCUCAGUAGCUUACUAGAAAAUGAAGUUCGAAAUUGUAUUCUGAAUGUUGUCGAAUCAGGUUAUAGUUCGUGCUUGAAAUCUGUCUAUGAGAAUGCUUGGGAACAUCAAGCAGGUGAAUGGAAACAGGAAAAGCGGAAAAUAUUACAUUCCAUGAUUGCACCAUCUGGAUCCUUCCUAGAACUUGGAAGCAAUAAGAGUAUAUUCAUGGAUGCGGCUCCUCCUACCACACCAUUUUUAGGUGUCAAUGAAACUUUGUAUGCAUCAAAAAUAAUUGAAUAUAAUAAUAAUGUGACUAAAAAUUCACCACAACAAGACUUGGUUUCUGUUUUCACAAAGAUUUCACAAGAAUUCAAAGAUGCAAAAGUAAAAGAUAUGUGGGAAAUGUUGAAAUACAUGAUUGAUCUUCCACCAUUUCCACAUUCAGAUGAUCCAAUCAAAAAUAGAUAUUCGAAGCCUGUAAUUAAUGCUUUGGUUAAUAGAGGAAAGAAAUAUUUAGAAGAUAGGUAUAAAACUUACAUGAACAAUAUCAUCAAUGAAAAUUUAACUUUGGCUCUCAGAGGUGGAAUACCUGGUACUUACCAUUUAGUCAAAAGUUUUGUUGGUAUUCGUCUUCAGGGUGAAUAUUAUGGGCUGAAUGAUGGUACAAUUGAAGAUAGACCUAUUUGGCCAAUGGUGUAUUAUUGUCUCAGAGCUGGUGAUUUGAACGCAGCUAUCUAUUGUUUGAAGAAGCAUAAUUCAGAUUUUAGAGAAAUUAUCAAUAUAUUAGAGGCCAAAAUCAAUAAUGCCCCUCCUGGAGAUUAUGCUAAAUUGGAGAAUAGUGUGAGAUUUGCUUAUCGAAGAACAGUUCGCAAUGAAACUGACCCUUUCAAACGAAUUAUUUGGUCUGUCUUGGGGUGUUGUGAUAUUGUAGAUGAACACUCUGAAGUGGCCAGAACUGCAGAUGAUUACCUUUGGCUCAAAUUGAGUCUUGUUCGAACUGAUUAUGACAAAGAAGACCAUAUUAAAUAUGAGGAAUUACAGAGAAUGAUUUUAGAGGAGUAUGGAGAAUCACAUUAUGAUGCUUAUAAUCAACCACACCUCUACUUCCAAGUGCUUUUACUAACAGGACAGUUUGAAGCAGCUCUUGAAUUUUUAGCUAGAAUUGAAAGAUACAAAGUACAUAGUGUUCAUAUGGCAAUUGCUCUAAAAGAAUUGUAUCUCUUAGGUGGGCCAUAUGAUCCUAGUGCCCCAUUGAUAAGCAUUGAUCCCAUGGACUCAAAACCAGCACGUCGUUUGAAUAUUGCUCGACUUAUUCUGAUCUAUGUGAAAAAAUUCGAAAUGGUAUGCCUAAAUGAAGCCCUUCAUUAUUUCUUCAUCCUGAGAAAUAUAAAUGAUUCUGAUGGAGUCAAUCUCUUCAAAAUAUGCACUAAAGAUUUAGCUUUAGAAACAAAGAAUUAUGAACAAAUUCUUGGAAAAGUUCAGAAAAAUGGAAUAAGGAGCAAAGGCUUAGUAGAUCAAUUUAAUUCCUCUGCCAUAACUGCUGAGAUUAUAGCAGAAAUAACUGCUGAUUCUCUUUGCAAAAAAGGACUAUUCGAGGAUGCAAUAGAACUUUACGAUGUAGCAAAUAUGCAAGAAAUGACCUUGAAUUUGCUGUGUUCAUUACUUUCACAAGUAGUUCAACUGCCUCCCCAAGCUGGUUCUUUGAGAGAUAGGUUGCAACAGAAGUCCGGUGAAUUAUCAGAGCGUUAUGAUAGGGAAGGAUACAGAAGUUCAAUGAAUAUUGUCAUUUCAUUCUUGAAGCUCAAAGAUCUACUUACAUUUUUCAAUUAUUAUCAUUCAAAACAAUAUAAUUUGGCACUAAAGAUAUUAGGAGAUAUUCAACUGAUUCCCUUGCAGUCUCAUGAAUUUGAGGAAAGGGUAAAAGGCUUUGACAGACUCAGCAUAGAACUUUGCAAAGUUAUACCAGACGUUGUAUUGGCUACCAUGAAUAUGCUUUUUGCACAAUAUCAAAAGUUGAAGGGAAAUGAUUACUUACCUUCAAAAUUCAAGAAUGAUGCUACAGAAAAUCAAUUAACCUAUCUCAGGCAGCAAGCUAAGAUUCUUACUGAUUUCACUGGAUUAUUGCCUUAUAGAAUGCCAGGCGAUACAAAUAGCAGAUUGGUACAAAUGGAAAUUUUAAUGCAUUGAAUGGAAUAAAAUUUUUGUAAAAUCAUAGUCAUAGCAUUCCUGUAUCUUCAGUUUCCAUUUCUAUCAUAAAUUUUUUGACAGAGAUGUCCCUGGAAAAAUCAAUGGAUUGCCCCAUUUUCAUCUGAAAGCGAUAUAUUAUGUUAUAAGACAUUUUCAGCAUCUCAAUUUACUUACUUUUCGAUAGUCUAGGAGCAUACUUUUAAAAGACUCAAAUUUUGAGAAUGUGUCUAAAAUCUCAAAUAUCUGUCCAUCCAACUCAUUUUCUCUUCUCCUGUAAAUAUUUUUUACUCUCUUAUUGAAUAAAUUGAUAAUAAAAAUG